UUGUUAUUCCAUUUGAAAAUAGCAGCAUUAAUUGAGAUGAGAGAUUGUUGAAGGAACGAACCGAGAACAUUGUUUAACAAAACAGAAACACCAACUCUUCUUCGUUUUCCUUCUCAAUCUCUCUCUUUUUUCCCAAUCAAAAUUACUCUUACAUUAUUUUAAUCACACAGUUUGAAUUUUGAAUUUCUCUUUCUUCUUCCUAUAUUUUUGAUCCUUUCCAACGUCUCCUAACGUUGUUUCAUAUUUAAUCAAUAACGUUUCUUUUUCAUGCAUGAGUAUCAUUUUUUCCUCUCAUGAUCAUGUUUUGAAUUUUGGAUUCUCUUGUAUUUAAUUUGAAUCCUUUUUUUCUGAGGAACAACACAAUUCGAUGUUGUCUAAAACAAAGAGUGGUGAAGAGCUGAACAAGUUGCUAUUAAAAGAUGUUGAAGCUAUAAACAAAGCUCUGCACCUGGAUAAAAGCUCUUCCAGGAAUUCAACAUCAUCACCCAAAUCAAAGCCUAAAGAAGACAACAAUUCGCGCAAGGAUAAGAAGUCCUCAUCCAUAUGGAAUUGGAAGCCAUUGAAGGCCCUUAACCUUUCCUUCACCAGGAACAGGAAGUUCAAUUGCAGUUUUUGUUUCCAAGUCCAUUUGAUUGAAGGGCUGCCCUCGAGUUUCGAUGAUUCCAGCAUCUGUGUGCAUUGGAAGAGGCGCGACGAGCAUUUGGUGACCUCUCCAGCCAAGGUGGUUCGAGGUGUGGCUGAGUUUCAAGAGGUUUUGACUUACACAUGCUCAAUCUAUGGAAGCAGGAGUGGACCUCACAAUUCUGCAAAGUAUGAAGCUAAGCACAUUUUGCUCAAUGCUUCUGUGGUUGGUGCCUCGGAAUUUGAUUUGGGGAAGCACCGCGUGGAUCUCACGAGGUUGCUUCCCCUCACAUUGGAGGAUCUUGAUGAGGAGAAGAGCUCAGGGAGGUGGACUACUAGUUUUAGAUUAUCAGGAACUGCUAAAGGUGCAGUGAUGAAUGUGAGUUUUGGGUAUGUGGUGGUUGGUGAUAACACUUGUGCUACCCCACAUGACCUUGGUUCUCCAAAUUUAUUCACUCCAAGGCAAAAUAGUCUGGUUUUGAUGGACUCCAAUCAGCCUGAGAGGAGCGUGAAGCGUACCGGAAGUUUGCCGAAUUUUGCAUGGCAGGAUUCAAUUCAAAGUUUGGAUGAGGUGAAGGAUCUUCAUGAGGUACUGCCAUCAUCAAAACCAGAACGUACCAACUCUGUAAACAUCUUGUUUGUUAAUUUUGAUGAAGAAAAGACAUGCAGUCCUCUGCACAACAAGCCUGAACUUGAAUUUAAAGAAAAUCUUGAGAAACUGGAUGCUUGUUGUACAUCUGAUACUGAAAGUGAAGAGCAAGAACAAGAAGAGAUUCCAGGUAAUGAAGGAAAAACAUGUAGUCCAGUGCAUGACAAACAUGAAUUUGAUGUAUUUCAGGAAAAGGAGGAGAUAGUUAAGCCAGAUGGUCACUCUUCACCUGAUUUUGGAAAAGAAGAUUUCCUAGAGUGUGAAGGUAGUGAAUUUUCUGUUGUUGAUCAGGGCAUUGAAUAUUCAUCAAAUGAACAUGAUACACCAGAUGAAUCCAUCAUAAAACCUGUUGUUGAUGCUCAUAGUUUUGAUAGUAGCCCAACACUAGAUGCUGUUAAAGAGGAUUCCCAGGAUGAACUGAGUGAUAGUUAUGAUGAAAGCUCUACGGGGCAUGAAAUUUUUGACAAAAAGGAUGACUUGUGCACGAAAGAACUUCUCCUGCAAGAGAUAGAAUCAGCUUUGAAUAAUGUCUGUGAGUUGGAGACAGUGGCAAUGGAAUCUCCUAAUGUUAUGGAAGCCAAAUCUGGAUGUAAGAUGGCAAGGUCACAUAGCUUGGAUGAUGUAGAAUCAGUUGCCAGUGAAUUUUUUAGUAUACUAGGCAUAGAACAUAGUCCAAUGGAUUUGAGUUCUGAAAGUGAGCCUGAGUCUCCGAGAGAGCGCCUUUUAAGACAAUUUGAGAAGGAUGCUUUGUCUGAGGGAUUCUCCUUAUUUGAUUUUGACAUGGGCAGUGAUGAAGAACAAGAAGAAGAAGAAGAUAGUGGCUAUGAUGCUUCUUUUGGAUCUGAGAAGUUGAAUUUCCCUAAAGGUAUCAAGUUACUAUCCUCAUUGCAAGAUCAGCAGGAAGAGCAUCUGAUUGAGUCUAAGGAUGUGAGGAGCAAGCAGAAGGGCCAGGUGCUAGAAGACUUGGAAACAGAAGCCUUAAUGCGUGAAUGGGGUUUGAAUGAGAAGGCUUUUCAGCACUCUCCACCUAAAGACUCUUCUGGUUUUGGAAGUCCAAUUCAUCUACUACCUGAAAAGCCUGUCAUAUUACCUUCUCUAGCAGAAGGGUUAGGUCCUUCUCUUCAGACAAAAAAUGGGGGGUUUCUACGGUCUAUGAAUCCCGCACUUUUUAAGAAUGCGAAAAGUGGUGGGAGCUUAAUCUUGCAGGUUUCCAACCCUGUUGUGGUUCCUGCAGAAAUGGGUUCAGGGAUAACGGAGAUUUUGCAGUGUUUGGCUUCACUCGGAAUUGAAAAGCUUUCGAUGCAGGCUAACAAGUUAAUGCCUCUGGAAGAUAUCACAGGGAAGACAAUGCAACAAAUAUCAUGGGAAGCUAUGCCAGUCUUAGAGGGAACAGACAGGCAAAGCUAUUUGCGGCAUGAUUUGGUAACAGGACAAGAUUCUACUCGCAUACUAACAGGCUUGAAAGGAACAUUAUCUGGAGUCAGGUCUGGUAAUAAGUUUAGUUCAAGUUCAGUUGGUAACCAGAUAGGGCUUGUUUCAUUGGAAGAUCUUGCUCCAUUAGCUAUGGAUAAAAUUGAAGCACUUUCAUUGGAGGGUUUGAGAAUACAAUCUGGGAUGUCAGAGGAAGAUGCACCAUCAAACAUCAUUGCUCAAUCCUUUGGAGAUAUUUCAACUCUCCAAGACAAAGGGGUUAAUGUUAGUGGCUCAUGUGGCUCAGAUGGAGCUGCUGCAUUGCAGUUGUUGGAUAUGAAAGACAGCAACACUAGUAUUGAUGGGAUAAUGGGUCUAUCAUUGAGACUUGAUGAAUGGAUGAAGCUGGAUUCAGGUCAGAUUGAUGAUAUCGAUAAUAUAAGCGAGCAUACUUCAAAGCUACUUGCUGCCCAUCAUGCCAACUCUUUUGACCUGAUUCGUGGGAGCUCAAAAGGAGAAAAGAAAAGGGGCAAAGACAAGAAAUGCGGUUUGCUUGGAAACAAUGUCACAAUAGCAUUAAUGGUGCAACUUCAUGAUCCUCUGAGAAAUUACGAGCCUGUUGGAACACCAAUGCUUGCUCUUGUCCAAGUUGAGAGAGUGUUUGUUCCACCAAAGCAAAAAAUCUACAUGAGAGUGUCUGAGGUCAGGAAUGAUAAUGACAAGGAGGAUGAGUGUGAAAUAGUAGCAAAAGUGGAGUUGAAGGACGACAAAGAGGAUAAAAGUUCUAAAGAGGAGGUCAUUCCUCAGUUCAGAAUUACAGAAAUCCAUGUUGCAGGACUGAAGACCGAGCCUAGCAAAAAGAAGCUUUGGGGCAGUUCAAGUCAGCAACAAUCAGGUUCUCGCUGGUUGCUUGCUAAUGGAAUGGGAAAGGGUAAUAAGAACAAUCAAAUAGUGAAAUCAAAGGCUGCAUCUAAAUCUAGUGUUCCGGUCAUCACAAAGGUGCAACCUGGUGACACAUUGUGGAGCAUAUCAUCUCGAAUUUAUGGUACCGGAGCGAAAUGGAAGGAAUUGGUAGCACUAAAUCCACAUAUAAGAAAUCCCAAUAUCAUUAUACGGAAUGAAACAUUAAGAAUACGUUGACUCGCGAGUGGAGUGAGUGAUUCAGUUUUACCUUAUGAGAAGCAGAGUGAAUAAAUGCAAAGUCUCUGAGAUGCCGAGAUGUACUUCAACGUAGGCGCAUUCUUUAGUAAAGCAUGCAUCUGUUGCAUUUGUACUCUAGAAUUAGCUUUUGUAUCCAGUAAAUUGUAUUGCAGUCCACAACCACAAAUAAGUGGAAUAAUAUCACUGUGUGAACUGUUGUAUGUUGCAAACGAACCUGCAAUAAAAAUAUUUACUGGCUUUUGUGGUUC